CGAGUAUGGAUGCAGAGAAUUCUUCGUCUACUAGAAUACGAAUAAGCUCUAUUCAAACAUCCCAUCCACCUAUUCAUCUCUCUCACGAUCCUUGGACUUGGUCGUCUCUUUCCUCCCUUUUCAUUUUCUUCUUCUUGCACGUUUUAACUCUCUCUCUCUCUCGAUGAGCCUGAGAUUUUAAUUCUCUCUCCCUCUUUUUUUCUUUCUUUCCUUCUGUUACGAUUUCGAUCGUCGUGGGUUCUACUCAAGUUAAGGACAUUCACCAAAAGAGGGAUCCAUUUUGAUCGUUGAUACUAAGACAAAGCAUUAGAUUCCUAUUUGCAUAACAACUUAGGAUUGUUGGGAGUUCUACAAAUGCUAAAUUUUGGCAGGGCCAGAACUCAGCCAAGGUCCACUAGAUCUAUGCCAUUUGGAGGCAUGGAUUUCGCAGAUCCAAAAAAGAAGAGCAGCUUUGUAGGAAAAAUUAUUUUAGUUGCUGUCCUCACUGUAUCAUGCAUUUUUCUCCUCAAGGGAUCUACAGGUUUUAAUAGUCCAAGCCCGUUCUCCCAUCAUGAGGAUGGGGUUAUGCAUGUCCUAGUAACAGGAGGUGCUGGCUACAUUGGUUCACAUGCUAGCUUGCGGCUUUUGAAGGACUCAUACCGUGUAACUAUAGUGGACAACCUCUCGCGGGGAAACCUGGGUGCUGUGAAAGUUCUCCAAGCAUUAUUUCCAGAACCUGGAAGGCUUCAGUUUAUUUAUGCUGACUUGGGGGAUGCGAAAUCUGUUAAUAAAAUAUUCUCGGAGAAUGCUUUUGAUGCGGUUAUUCAUUUUGCAGCCGUUGCAUAUGUUGGUGAAAGCACCCUUGAUCCACUUAAGUAUUAUCAUAACAUAACAUCAAACACCUUGGUGGUAUUAGAGGCCAUGGCAGCACAUGGUGUGAAGACAUUGAUAUAUUCUAGUACCUGUGCAACAUAUGGGGAACCUGAAAAGAUGCCCAUUACUGAAGGAACUCCGCAGGCCCCCAUUAAUCCAUAUGGAAAGGCUAAAAAGAUGGCAGAAGAUAUCAUCCUCGAUUUUUCUAAGAAGUCAGACAUGGCAAUCAUGAUCCUGAGAUACUUCAAUGUGAUUGGGUCAGAUCCAGAGGGCAGACUAGGUGAAGCUCCUAGGCCUGAACUACGUGAGCACGGACGAAUCUCUGGUGCUUGUUUUGAUGCAGCUCGUAGUAUUAUUCCUGGGCUGAAGGUUAGAGGAAUUGACUAUGAUACUCCUGAUGGCACUUGCAUAAGGGAUUACAUUGAUGUAACUGAUCUGGUUGAUGCUCAUGUGAAAGCUCUUGAAAAGGCACAACCGAAAAAGGUUGGAAUUUACAAUGUUGGAACUGGAAGAGGUAGAUCUGUUAAGGAGUUUGUGGAGGCAUGUAAGAAAGCUACCGGAGUAGAAAUCAAGGUUGAUUACCUACCCCGUCGGCCUGGUGACUACGCCAAAGUUUACAGUGACCCAUCUAAAAUCAGGCAAGAACUGAACUGGACGGCACAGCACACCGAUCUUAAAGAAAGUUUGGAGACUGCCUGGAGAUGGCAAAAGUCACAUCGUGAUGGGUACUGAAUCCAAUCGGCAGCGUCUUACUGAUAGGAUCACACCAUUCCAUAGCGGAAGAUUAAUGGAGAGACCCCAUGCAGUACUGAUUUCGGCCGCAUUCUAUUGCUCUCAUAGAAUGGGGGUAUGAAAUUGAGAAAAUUUUCUUUUAUAGUCUGGCAGUAUGAGAUAGUAGUAGGAUGCAACCCAUUUGUUACAUGUAUCAGUACCAAUAAUAGGUCAACAACUGUCACUGAUUAUUGUCUUCCCCCUCUUACUCCCCUCAUUGGUUGGUGAUAGCCAAUGAUAGGAUGUGAGGUCAUAUUUUGCGCAGAUGGCCCUUCUAAAAUAAAAGAGUAAUGUUAAUAGUA